CUCAGAACUUCUCAAUAUUCUCCACUUCCGACCCCGUAUACACCGCUACAAUGCUCCGAUCACUCCUCGCCACCUCUCGUCUUGCCACACGGUCCACCCUCAGCCUCCCCCGCUUUGCUCCGGCUCUCGUAUCGCCUAGAAAUAUUUCGGCCGCUCGAGUCCAGGGCAUCAGAAGAUAUACUGCCCCGACCGAGAGUGGCGAGCAGGUCAUUUAUGACAAGCUGAAGGCUCAGUUUCCUGGCAGCAGACUCGAAGUUCAAGAUGUCUCUGGCGGUUGUGGUUCAUUUUACGCGAUCCUUAUCUCUUCUCCCGCCUUCAAGGGUCUUUCUACUGUCAAGCAACACAAGCUUGUCAACGAGUGUCUCAAAGAGGAUAUCAAGGGUAUCCAUGGUCUGCAAUUGAAGACCAUCCCCGAAUAAUCGUGUGGCUAUUCAAUGUAACACUACUGGGCUUUAGGGGUAUCGGAGAUGUAUGAUGUACGAACAUGAUGACCACAAGCAUAAGAAAUGCAUACA